AUGGCGGGCCGGCGAGGCUUUGCGGGCAGCCGCGGGGGCCCUGGCUCUGACCGAGAAGGUGACAAGCGUUGCGGCACCGACGUGAUCGCCCUCACCAGCAGUGCUGAAGGCUCCCGAAGCGCCCGACUCCUGGGUCAAGCUGCGAGGAACAUGGUGAUGCAAGAAGAUGCCAUCCUGCACUCGGAAGAUGUAAGCUGUGUUCUUCUGCUCGAGCAACACUUGCACUGUGAUUUUGUAAGCAUUCAUUCUUUGUUUUGUUCUCCACAGAGUUUAAGAAAAAUGGCUAUAAUAACCACUCAUCUACAGUACCAGCAAGAAGCAAUUCAGAAGAACGUCGAGCGGUCGUCAAACCUUCAGGACCAGCUGAAUCACUUGCUGAAGUGAAGGGGAGCCAAAGGCACGAGGAUGUCUCAACUGGCACUGAGGGAAGCAAAACAUCUUCUACCAUCCAGCCCUGGGGUUCAGAACUAUGUCUGGAUCAUGCUGGAUGUCAGCUGGAAUAUGUGUAGAGUCUGUGUUUCUGGGCAUGUGGUCCCCUUUCAUGUGCCUCCAUCCACACCUCUGCUCCGGAACGCUCACCUGUGCCCAGCUGAACCCAACUCACCUGAAACUUUGCUCCCUCCAGCAAUUCCCGUGUCCACUUACUUGCCAUGUAGGGUGAGGUGCUCUGCUCACACCAGCAACCCUGGAAAGAAGUGCAUAGAGUUGAGCUGUGGGGUUUAAAUGCAGGUACUUGCAGCUUGCCACUGGUCUGUAUUUAGCCACAGAGGUGGCACAGAGUGCAGUUUAUUUAGGGCAUGUUAAUCAGUGGGAGCUGCAAGUGCCUGGGUGGGCGAGAGGUGCUUCAGUAUUGGCUGAGGUGCCAGUCCCAGCCCAGAAUUUCUGAAACCAGGAAUCUGGGCACACACCUCUGCCAGUGGUCUAGCUGGAUGUUGUUUGGCCAGCAUCCUGGUCAGAGGUUAUCUUAUUUUCCACUGUGCCAGAAUUUGGAAUGUCAGCCCCUUGCCAGCCCAUCUGCGCUGCAUUCAGCCUUCAACUGCAUUCUUUUUCCUGGGCUGCUGCUCCAGCUAUUGAUGAAGCAGCCUUGGCUGUGGUGUGUGUUUGUAUCUGGUUGGGAAGGUAUCCAAAGGCCCAGCUGGGAAGUAGGCAGGAGAGCAUCAUGAGCUGGUGUGCCCAGUUCUGCACUGCUCUGUUGAGGACUAGUGACCUGUUCACAUCCUGGGGAGUUACACCAGGCCCAGGCUAUAAACACUGUGUCUUGUUUUUGAUAUGUCACUUAUCUGGAGCACUUGGAGUGCACGGGAAGCACUUGUUUCCCUGAGUGUGCUUUUCACCAGCUGAUAGGAGCAGUCAGGCUGAGAGUGGGCAUUGGCCUGCCACAUUCCUGUUGGAGCGCUGCUGGGGUUUGGCUCCUGUGCUGCAGAGCCUUCUCCUGGGCUGGAUUUCACCAUUCCUGCCAGGACCACUGCCUGUUUGGGCUUCACACAAUGGCACCACAGCUCCUGCAUCCCCAUGAAGGUGCCACUGUUAGCCCAGGGGCCAUUGUGGGUAUUUUUGCCUUGGGUGGGGUCCUGAUCCCCAGCUUUGCAAUGGGAGUGAGGGUUUUCCCUGAGGUACUGGAGAAGCUGCAAUAUUCUUGCUGGGAAUAAAAGCUGUCCUGAACACCA